GGGCCACGCCCUCUUCCGGGUUUCCACGUGGUGUGCCCUAGAGGUGGCGGGGCGGUGACUCCUUUCCCCGUCCCGGGAGCCAUGGGUAGUACGGACGGCCGGGUGCCGCCUGAUGUGCAGGACUUCCUCCUGGACCACCCCGGCCUGCAGUUGUGCCCUGGCGGGGCCAAGAUAAGGUGCAGACUGACAGGCCAUGAAUUGCCCAGCCGACUUUCAGACCUCCAGGCCUACACCAGUGGUAAGAAGUAUCAGCGGCUGAUGCGCACCACUGAGACCUUUGACUAUGAAGACUUUGAGCCACACAUCAUUCCCAGCACCAAGAAUCCGCACCAAAUGUUCUGCAAACUCACCCUUCGGCAUAUCAACAAGCUUCCAGAGCAUGUCCUACGUCACGUCCAGGGCCAUCGCUACCAAAAGGCUCUACGCAAAUAUGAGGAGUGUCAGAAGCAGGGUGUGGAGUACGUUCCUGCCUGCUUGCUGCAAAAGAGGAGGAGAUGGGAAGACUUGAUUGAUGGUGACCAGCAGCCCCAAAAAAAGGAGGAUUUCUGGAAGCCUGAGUCCAGUGAUGAAGAAGACCAGAGUGAUGACAGCAUGAGUGACUUAUACCCAUCUGAGUUGUUCACUGAAAAGAACCCAGGUGAGAAUGGAGAUGUCACCAGGAACUACUUGACAGACACUGAAGACAACAAUACACAGCUUUCAAGAGAGAAUGGCAUCAUGAGUAGAGGAGAGAAGAUGGACGUGGACAAGCCAACAUGCACUAAAAGGACAAAGAAGUUGGCUUCGAUGAAGAAGUUCAAGAACCACCACCGAAAACCCAAGCACUUCAAAAGAGGAACAGAAACAAAAUAACUAUUUGUGUAAUUGAAAUAAUAAAGUUGAUGAAGAAAGUAA